AUGAAGUUACAAAAGAUUCUCAUUGCUUUAGUGACCAUUCAAACUGUCUGGUCGUUGGUUGUUCCAGAUAUGGACGGCAGCGAUUCUGACUGUGACGACAACUUGAAGUCUAUUAUUGCCCAAGGAGGUAAAAUCAAACCUAAGCACUACAGUAAGACUUAUUCCAAGGGUGUUUCAAUCAUUGCUGAGAAGAAGAAGGGGAAAGGGAAGAAGAUUAAAAAGAAGAAGAAGAAGAUUAAGAAGGUUAAGAAGAAGGUUAAGAAGAAGAUUUUUAAGAAGCAAAAUGUUGAUGAUUGGGAGUAUGAUGAGAAGGGAAUUCCUAUCCCACCUUCAGCCCCUGAUUAUGAACUUGACAUUGAUUUGGAGGAAGAAUUUCCUGAACCGAAAUUUGAAGGUGUACCAAAGAUUGAAGAACCUAAGUUGGACAUUAAACCUAAGAAGGGACACUAUGAACCUAAGGCACUUAAUUAUAAGCGUGACCUUGCUGGAAAUGGUGAGGAUGAAGCUACACUUGCCGAAAUUGAUGAAUCAUUUGAACACCUUGCUGAACAAGAUGUCGACUUCCAAGCUCAAAUUAGUUUGGGUGGUUUGAAGGCUAAGUUUAGUAAGAAUAAGGGUAACGUUGAAGAAGAGGAUGAGGAUGAAGAAGAAGAAGAGGAGGAAACCAAGAAGGGAAAGGAACAGCCAGAGGAAGAAGAAAAUCCAAAGGAAAAAGAACAAGAACAAGAGAAGGAAAAGGAUCCUGAAUCAAAGAAGUCUAAAUUUAGUGGAAAGUUCAAGAAGCCAGACUUGAAGGGAAUGUUCAGCAAGAAUAAGAACAAGGACAAGAACAACAACGAAACCGAAAAGACUAAGGAAGAAAAUAAGGAAGGCUGUGAUGAAGAGGAAGAGGAAGUAGAAAAGGAGAAGGAACAAGAAGAAAAGAAGUCUAAGGGUGGAAAGUUCAAGGGUAAGUUUAGCAUGAAGGAUCUCAAGGCUAAGUUCAGUAAGGGUAAGAAGAAUAAGAACAAUGACAAGCUAAAGGAACAACCAAAGGAAGAACAACCAAAGGAAGAAAAACCAAAGGAAGAAAAACCUAAGGAAGAAAAACCAAAGGAAGAAAAACCGAAGGAAGAAAAACCAAAGAAAGAAGAGAAAUCUAAGGAACAACCAGUUGAACAACCCAAGGAAGAAAAACCAAAGGAACAGCCAAAGGAGCAACCUAAGGAGCAACCUAAGGAGCAACCUAAGGAGCAACCAAAGGAACUACCAAAGGAAGAAAAACCAAAGGAACUACCAAAGGAAGAAGAAUGUGAAGAAGAAGUUCCUGAAGAUUCUAAGAAGUCUAAGUUCGGCGGAAAGUUCAAGAAACCAGAUUUGAAGGGUAUGUUUGGAAAGAACAAUAAUAAGGAUAACAACAACAAGGAAGAAGAAGAAGGUUGUGAAGAAGAAGAAGAAGAAUCUAAGGACAAACAAAAGUUCUCUGGCAAACAAGUUGAUGAAGGAAAACGUGAUCACGAUGGUAAGCAUGAUGGAAAUCACAAUGACCAUGUCAACAAACCUGAAGACCACCACAACAGGGCUGAUGGUAAGCACGAUGAUCAUCACGAUCGCAAACAUGAUGAUAAGCUUGAUGGAAAGGACAAAGACCAUCAUGACAGACACGACGGUAAGGACAAAGACAAUCACAAUAGUCAUGAUGGUAAGCUUGACGGCAAACAUGAUGGCAAGGAUAAUGAUCACCAUAACAGACAUGAUGAUAAAGACAGAGACCAUCACGGCAAGCACGAUGAACACCAUGAUAGACACGAUGAUAAAAAUGAUGAACACCACGAUAGACAUGAUGGAAAGAACGAUGGUAACGAUAAAGACCAACAUGAUAGAUACGAUGGUAAGGACAAAGACCAUAAUGACAGACAUGAUGGACACCAUGAUGGUAAGGACAAACAUGAUGACAAGAAUGAUGAUCACCACAACAGGCAUGAUGGUAAGCUUGGGGGUAAGGAUAAAGACCACCACGACAGACACGAUGGUAAGAAUGAUACUCAUCACAAUGGUAAACUUGAUGGUGACGAUAACAAUGAUAAGGAAGGAAAGGGGGACAACAACAAGGACCAAGGUGGCAAAGACCAAGGCCAAGGUGCAAAGACCAAGUUCCCAAAGUUGGCCAAGUUGAAGGAAAAGUUUAGUAAGGGAAAUAUGGGUGGUAACAAGAAUCAAGAUAAAGAAAAAGAUUAUGACGAUGAUUAUGAAGAUGGUUAUGAAGAUGGUUAUGAAGAUGGUUACAAGAAUCGCAAGGGUGAUAAAAACAGUGGUGACCGGGAUGUUGACAAGAACAGAGGUAACUUAGAUGGUGACAGGAACAGAGAUAAGUUGGAUGAUGACAAGAACAGAAGUAAUACGGAUGGUGACAAGAACAGAACCAAUACGGAUGGUGACAAGAACAGAAAUGAUUUUGGUAAGCUCUCAUCCCCUGAAGUUGCAAACGUAAUUCAAAAGAGAAACAUCAAAUUUGGUGGUGGUAAAAAUGAAGAAACGGACAAUGGUAAGUCCAAAGAAGAUAACACCAAAGAUGGUGGCAACAGUUUAAAAUCCAAGUUCGGAAAAGGAGGGGACCAGGAAGAAGACAACAACAGCAACAAAGAUCAAGGUGAAGGUUUUAAGACUAAAUUUCCAAAGUUGGCCAAAUUGAAGCAAAAGUUCAGCAAAGGUGGUAAUGGUAAAGAUAAUCAAUCCAAUGGAAAGGAGAAGCAAAAAGAAAACGAAAACGAUGAUAAUGAAAACGAAAAAGAAUGGUCAGAUGUUGAUUUUGAUAAUGAAUUUGAAGAUCUUCCACAACCUCCAAAGUUUAGCAAUGGUCGUAAGAACAAAGGUGACGUUAACAAGGGUAAGAAUGGAAAAGAUUUUGAUGAUGACAGUGAUUCCGAAGACGAAAAGCAAGCGAAGAAUGGUAAAUGGUAUUAG